AUGAGUAAACGAGAAAACGAAGACUCUAUUGAGAAAAUGCAAAUUUAUGCGGAAAAACUCAAGAAAUAUCAGAAACUGUUAGAUGAAGCUAAGAUGUUAUCUAGUGAUAAAGAUUCGGAGAAUGAUGUAAAUUCUGAAAAAGGUUAUGAUGCAAAUUAUGAAGAAAUUCUGUUUAUUUAUUCUUUUGCAUCAGAAGCUAAUCUUUAUGAUAGUUUCUAUAACCUAGAUCUUCUGCUUUUGCAGGCUCGGAGAAUGAUGAUCUGGAGACUGAGAUCUCUGAUGGUGACAAUUGCUCACAAUCGACAUCAAAAGAGCCUCAAGAGACGUCCGGUGACUCAAGGUCAACCAACAAAGCUUAGCGAAAAAGCUUCGGAGCUGCUUGGUGUUUCCAAGCGUCAAUUAAAAGAUCAAUCUUUUAAUUUUCAUCCCGAGUUAGUUGCUUGUUGGAAUGAAAUUUUGGAAUCUGGCCUGGACACAAAGGUCAAGAAGGCUUUUGAGGAAAAUUACCCAGAUAAGGGGAAUUGUUCGUUGAAGGCACCAGAAUCAAAUCCGGAGCUAAUUCCUCUCCUGCACAAGACGGCCCGGAGUAAAGACAAACAUUUGGCGUCAAACCAGGAUCUCUGCGGGCGUGGGUUAGUUGCGCUUGGAAAAUCUCUCUGCGCAAUUUUCAAUGACAAUAAUGAGCCUAUUGAAAAAGAUUUAUUGCUGGAAUGGUUAUGUGACUCCAGUCAAAUUUUUUGUGAGUUGAUGUUUCAACUCACAAAAACCAGAAAAUAUCAAGUUUAUUCCUACGUUGAUGAAAAACGGAAGUCUGUUUUGGUUGAUUCAAAGACUGAUAAAUUUCUUUUUGGAGAAGAUCUUGGGAAACGUAUUAAGGCAGCUACGAUGGUCGAAAAAGUUGGGUUAUCCUUGAAGUCUACGCCUGAUAAAGUCAACGCUGCGAAGUCUAGCCAGUAUUUAAACUGGAAGAGCUCAACUGUGACUCCGAGAGGCCAGCAGCAGUCGAGCUACAACCUGAAGGCCCCUAACAAGUUUUCCCGGUCCAAUCGAACAUCAGUUCCACAGACACCAGUUCGUUCGUCAACCAUGUCCCAAACUCGUCAGAAUCAGCAGAACAACGUACCGAGCAAGUAG